AGCAGCUUUAAAACAGUGUAUAUUUGGAGGAGAGAGAACGUUUUGUCACCUUCAAACUGCGAAGCUAGCAUCUCAUCAAAUUCUGCUUGAAGAUAUACAGUUUUUCAAUGGCAAAAAGGACCUAUUUCACCUAUAAGGGGAUCCUUCUUCCCACGGCAGGCUACUCAGAGGAAUCAUUGAGCUUUAUGGAAAAUGAAUUUCAGCUCCUUGAUGAUGAUGUGGUGACUGUCAGCUAUCCCAAGUCAGGUACCAUCUGGAUGUUGGAAAUCUUGGGCUUAAUCUGGCAUGAUGGAAAUCCUUCAUGGGUCCAGAGUAUGAUCUCGUAUGAACGGUCACCAUGGAUUGAGACUGUCGAUGGUCUGAAAGCUGCCUUGAACUAUCCUCCACCCAGGUUCCUGACAACUCACCUCCCAUUCCAGCUUUUCCCUAAAUCCUUUCUGCAUUCCAAGUGCAAGAUAAUCUGUCUUAUGAGAAACCCCAAGGAUGUGCUGGUCUCACAUUAUCACUUCUCAAAGUUUUUUAAAGUAUUUGAGGAACCUGGGACCAUGGAAGAGUUCCUGGAGAAGUUCUUGAAUGGGAAUGUGGUUUAUGGUUCCUGGUUCGACCAUGUGAAAGGCUGGAUGAAGCUGAAGGAGAGACCCAACUUCUUCUUAAUCACCUAUGAAGAGCUGCAGCAGGACCUGCGAGGCAGUGUCAAGAAAAUCUGCCACUUCCUUGGUAAGGAACUGGACAGUCGCCAGUUGGAUGCGGUGGUGAAAAAUGCCUCUUUUGAAAUCAUGAAGGACAACAAGAUGUCCAACUUCUCCCAUGUACCAGAGGAUUAUAUGGAUCAUGAGAAAGGAAAAUUCAUGAGGAAAGGGGUCUGCGGAGACUGGAAGAACCACCUCACCGUGGCACAGGGCGAACACUUCGACCGUGUGUAUCGGGAGAAGAUGCAGGGUGUGGGUGUGGCCUUUCCAUGGGAUUGAAGAAGGCCCGAUUGCAUCCUGUGCUGCUAUUUCUAGGCAGCGUCUUUUGUGUGUGAGAGUUUUGUGUGAAACAUACAUCUUUCUUCAGGGCUACAGAUCUACAGUAUAUGAUUUUUUUUAAAAAAAAAUCACAUGGUCUUCACAUGCUGCAUCUUUUACAGUUUGGAAUCUUUCUUUUAAAUAUAAGCAAACUUGCCGAUGACAUCUUUUCUCUUCAGAUGUGUAGAAAUCAAAGGAACAAUGUCAUGGUGCAACUACCACAAGGUGGCAGAUAAUA